ACGAGUCAGAGGGACUCCGCCGAUCAUUUCAAAGAGUCGGCUCAAAGAAGCGGAUCGUUCGCAACCGACACAUCGCUGGUACAUGCGGAGAAACGCCCGCAGAGCAUAAAAGCAUGUAGUCACGGCCGCCUUGAGACAGGAAGCAGCUACGACAACUUUGAUAAAUUUGACUUACAACAGCUGUGUUUAUGCCACUUGAUCUGGCAUGAAAAAUGGCCAUAAUCCUGCGAUUGCAAGGGCUUGAUGUGAAGGCGGGUAUUGAAGAUAUACGGGCAUUGUUUAAAUGCCUUCACAUACCUGACGGUGGAGUGUACAUAGUGGGAGGAAGUCUUAGAGAGGCUUUUAUUGCGUUUGCUACUGAGAGAGAUGCCCAGCUUGCCAUGCAGUACUCUGGCACAUUCCUCAAAGGUUCAAAGGUGAUUCUUCACAAAAGCAGCAUGGGAGAGCUGGAGCACAAACUAAAGUCAUUGUUAAAGAGAAAGAAACCCUCCCCCACACCACCUACUUUGAAGAAGGCUCGCCCAUCUCCAGCUACAAAUCUGCAGCCUCUGAAUGCAGCCACUCAUUUUUCUGGCACUCCUGAUCUACAACCUACUACUGCUUCGAGACAUGAUCCCAGAACUGUACAGCCUCUCUGUCCCAAUCUGCAACCCUCAAAUUCCCUUGAUUCCAGUACCGCAUUUCUUCUUGGGGUUUGUACUGUCCUCCAGGGUCUUCAGUCAUCCCAUCAAAGAGAAAAUGGUGAGCUCUUGCCAAAACUGGAUUUCCUCACGACUAACAGCACAGUUCUGUCUACUGGGGUGAGGGCACCAGAGCAAACUCUGAACUCAAAGCCAGGCUAUGUCAGAGUCUUUGGUAUGCCAACCUCGGUUACAAAAGAAGUCAUCUGCCGGUUUUUCAAAGGGUUGACUGUACAGGAAGCCAUAGUGAAUAUCAAGUUGGGACACGGCACUGGCUGCCUUGUGAAGUUUGCAAGCGAGCAAGAAGCAUGUGAUGCUUUUCUCUUCAACAAACAGUCACUGGGCCUUGGUUGUGUGGAGAUUCGUGGAGCAACUGAGAAGAUGUGGACCAGUGCACUUCAAGAAUGUGACAAUACUUCUAAUAUGGAGGAGAGCAUGAACAAGAAAAGCCCUCUUAGAGAAACUGCAAACCACAAACAACAAUCAACUGCGCUGUUGAUCAAGAAGCUAUCUGUCAACCGGAUGCCAUCUGAACCACCAAAAAAGGCAAAAUCGAAUGGUGACACAACUCCCUUGUCACCAACUGUGGACUACACUGUUAUGGUCAGAAAUCUCCCCAAAACAAUGACAAAGACUGAAAUAAAAGAAUUGCUUGGAUGUCCAAACAUUGCACACAAAAAUGUACUGCACUUGCUUGACAAGGAAGGCAACAGAACAGACACGGCUUUUAUUAAUUUUAACUGCACUGAGGAUUACGAAUAUGCAAUGAAUCUCAGUGGCUGCCAUGUUGGCUCCGGUGCCAUUGAGGUCUCAUCAAUCACCAAGAUAACGAUGAGAGACAUGAUGGCCAAAACUCAUUUCAGGAAUCUUGAGUCAAACACAAAGAAGAAACCGAAUCGAAAGAGGAGACCCCAUCCAGUUAAGACACCUGAAGCACAGAGCACAGACAUGGACCCAGCAGCUCCUGUUCGUCAGGAACAUGCCCGCAGAUGUAUCAGAAAGACAAAUAAAGGGCCUUUUCUGCAACUACAGACUUGAGAGCGAUAAUGUUACUGCUUGACAAUAAUGGCAUGGGUGUUGGUGAGGAAGUGGUUCAGUUUAAAACACAGAAGCUUGCUGCAAUGGCUGAAAGGCUCCAUGGACAAGACUUCCUGGGGUCAAAAUUGUUUCUUACAUGCAUUAAUGUGAAGCAGAUGAAGGACAUCUUGGCAAGGUAUGUUUGAGGAAGUGGCACAUUAAAGUUCAAAUACAGACACCAUCGCCAAGGAAUUACCUUAAUUCUCUCAUGUUCAUCAUCCAAAUGUAAUUCUGCUUGAUUGCAUCCAUCUACUCCGUUACUAAAUGUUUUAUACUCAUGUUUUCAUGUCAGUCAUUGUUAAGCAUUUCUACAUGUUCCUUCAAUGAUCAUUAUGUACAUUUUCAAAUAAAUGUUUUGAUACCGUCA